CUUUUAUUAUUAUAUUUCAGGUUUAAUGAACGAAAUUUAUUUUUUGUUGGCUUUAUAAUUUGUAUAUUCGGAUACGUUUCUUAUCUACCAUGGGGAUCAAACUAUCCGGCAAUACAAUAUGCUGAAAUCAAACACGCAGAUAAGGUGACGAACAACCAAAGAAAUCUAACAGAACUUGUCCAGCAUAUGAUGUUGGCGGGGGAAGAAACUCUACCAUUAUCAACCACCGACUCUUUCACUAAAGAUCUGAACAAAAUCAACGAUAUUCUAAAUGAAAAAGAAAACACUAGUUUGAAUUUACCAAUAAAUAUAAAAGAAAGUGGUGAUUAUGUAAGGAAUGAUUUUUAUCAAAAAUUAACGCAGCUAAAUGCAAACACUGAAAAAUCUCCAAUUGACGUGAUGUUGAACAAAAGUUAUAUUAUGAAGGAAAUAAAGAAACAGGCUUAUCGGGGAAAUUCAAGUGAUUUGGAGAAUGAAGAUGUCGGAUGCCCGUAUUAUUUUUCCUGGUGUACGUACACACCGGCGACCACCUUGUGGCAGUAUCUUCUUGGAACCUUCUUUAUUUCUAUCGGCUACCCUGCAUGCAGUGUGAUAUCUUAUACAAUCUUUUCAAAGGUUUUGGGACCAAAACCUCAGGGAUUGUGGAUGGGAUGGCUUACGGCUGCAGGCAGUCUUGCUCGAACCCUCGGUCCUGUCUUUGUGAGUCAGGUGUAUGAUGCAUAUGGACCGAGAGUUGCAUUCACAGCGAUGGCAGCAAAUAUCUUUAUCACAAUUAUUGUUCUGUUAAUUGUUUAUAAAAGACUUGUGCCGUUUAAGGUACUAUCAGUAUGAACACACUUCUUAUAUCAAAUUAGGGUCAACUUAAAUUAAUUUUUGUACUUGUAUUACACAAAGACUACGACGAUUUGUAGAACACUGGAAAUUUAGAAAAGCUCAUUUAUGGUUAAUAUCCUAACACCUGGCGUUCCAAAAUUGCAUGCGCAAAGGCAACCUUAUAAAGCGGCCAAUUCACUACUAAGACCAAAUUACUAUUAAAACCACUUUUAUCCAAUGCCGUUUGUAGCUUUAAUACAGAGAUUUUACUUUAUUUACAUUUCUUAAAUGAUUUUAUUAAAAGUAGGGUUGUAAGUAUAUAAUUGAUUAAAUUCAAUUUAGUAGGACAUAAAACUGACAUAUUAUGCAAUGACAUUACAAACAACUGAUAUCAGAAGAAAGUUCAAACUCACGCACAUAGAUCAGAAGCUUGUUUUAUAUUCAUAUAUAUAACUGUAUAAGGCUAGAAAGUGCUUAAAUUUAUUUUGUCAUGUUGUUAUAAUUGUGUAUAAUUAUCAUACAGCAAAUAGAUAUGCAACAAAAGUAUAUCAUAUUUCUUUUUUGUAUGCUUUAUAAGACACUUGGACUUCGGAGAUGAUAAUUGAGCCGCAUCAUGACAAAUCCAACAAAAUGGGUUUGCGACCAGCAUGGAUCCACACCAGCAUGCGCAUCAGCUCAGCCUGACCAGGAUCCUUGCUGUUCGCUUACAAUUUUUUUUUUCCAGAAAAUAGCGUUACAUUACAAGUAGUACAUAAGAAAAUGGAUAUUAUUUUUAACACUUAACAAAAUUCAGGGAAAGUUUCAGAUAACAUACAUAAAAUGGCAAUGUUAUUUAAUAAUUUAAUGCAAAAGUUGCAAUCACUUGACAUUACAUGUCAAAGGUCAAGUCUCUCGAAUCUAGAACACAAGCAUAAAAGCAGUAGGAAACUUGUUUGUCUUACAUGCAAGAGAAAGCACAUUUUGCCCGCCCGCACAGGCUGUUAUAUUUUCACUCUUGCCUAGACAACUCGUGUUAGUAGCGCAUCUGGUGCUACCGCAUAUAACCUGCCCCAAUCCAACAAAUAAGACAUUGAGGAUAUUGAAUGAGUGUAAGUUCAAUACUGAAUUUAUUGCACGAGUUGAAUAAAAUGAUAUUAUGCGAGCCUCUGGGGAGCAUAAUAUUUUUUUUUAUUCAACGAGUGCAAUAAAUUCAGUAAUGAACUUACACGAAUUUGAUAUUCUAUUUAUCACAUACCCAAAAUAAAAUUAUAUUUGUCACAUACCCGAAAUAAAGACCGUUUAAACUGAAAUAAUAGUCAUUUUCCAUUGACGCCUAUAGUAGAACGCUAACAUUAAGCGCGCCUUUACACUAUGUUUCUUGCAUCUCAGACAGGAUUAUCUACCGUCUACACCGGUGCUAGGAAACUCUGUCUUACACCCCCAUGUAAGAUAAGUCACGUGCUUUAAAUGACGUCAUUGACGCGCGACUUUUAUGAAUGAAUCGCGUUCUUAGGAUGACGUCAUUUUUCCGUUAUGAAUGAAGUUGUAUGUUCAUACGCUGCUAUAAGAAAAAAGUGAGUAAUGAGAAUAUUUUUCAUAAUUCUGUUCCGAAAAAAAAAUUGAUAUUUAAUAUGCAAGAAAAAGAAUCAAACACCGGCUGUUGGUACAGACGGGAAUAUCU